GCCGCGCAUUAUACGCAUAGUGAAGCCUGCCAAGCGUUUCUAUACACGUUUCGAUAGAGAGGAUCCCGAGGUUCCUGUUUAUUCAAGCUACCGCGCGCGAAGUUCCGGUUCGUAGAUGAGAAAAUCGGGAAGUCUGUGCCUGUCACGUUGACGCCGUUGAACAAGCGCGCGGGGGGUGCGUGCGAUGAAAAUUCAACCGCGAGCGUCACGUGAGCGUCGAUCCAUAUAGCACUUACGUUAGAUCUCGGAAUCGUGUGCGCCGCAGCAUUGCCGCGUGAAAUUCGUAAAGUGCAUGCGUACGCAUCGCGGGAGGCGCGUCCAUCACAGGGUUCGUAUUGGACACGUUGACGCACGCGGCCCGUUAAAUUCCUGCGGCCCUGCGCCAGUUAGUACAUCGCGGAAUUUCGCGGUCGAACGAGUCAACGGCCUUAUCGUCGUUCGCAUUUAUACGUCCCAGGAUCGUGGAUCGUUCCUGCUUUUCCUCGUCCCGGUCGCUCGUGCGCGCGGGAACGAUUCGCGACGAACAACCGCAGCGGGAACGGCUUCGUUAACACCGUCGUCGUUACGCUUGCAGGAUCACGGGAGAAGAUCGAUCGGCGAUCAACCGGCUUUGAGGAAAAGUAAUAGAACAAGUAAAGGUGGAAAUCGAGAGAGGUGGGAAGACGGUGUAGAAAAGAAGAGGGCGCCAGUACAGAUAUAUCGGUGAGUGUGACUGGACGGAAAGACGUGGGCGAUUCCCAAGUACCGGCCUCCCGGUCCGUCGUGCCGUUUCGGUGUGUCAGUGAGUUUGUGGAGGCGAACCUAACCUACCGCCGUUGGGUGCGCAUUAUCGAUCAAGGAGCCAUCGGUUUCAAGAGGACUCGGCUCUUUUUCUUUACUCCUUUCGAAGUACGGUUUACGUGUACGCGCAAUUCUACUGUCUCGUAAAACGUGACCGUGGAAUACGUAUAGUUAAAUUUCGCGCUCAAUCGUUCGUCCAGUUUGGAGCAACCCGCCGUGCGUGAUAUACGAGCGUAAAUUCAAAGAGCGAAGUUCUUCCUCGGUCCCCGUGUGAGAACGGAUAGAGAGAGAGAUAGAGAAAGGAGGAGGAUAGUUAAAGAGAGACAGAGAGGAGAAGGAGAAGGUAACGGUGAUAGCGACUGGAAAUCGGAAGUGAUCGUGUUGUGCAUUGGAAACUAUUCUAUGCGGGAAGAUGAUGGAGACACAGAAUUAUUGGCAGGAAAACUCCAUUGAAGUAAAAUACGAAAGCCUAGAUGGUAGAUCCUGUAAGGAUGAAAUAUAUGGAAUGGGGAUUGGUGCCGGAUACUGCGAAGGGAACUUGAAUUUCGCUACAGCCUCCGAGGAUGACGAGGUGUACACCAAGAAGAAAGUUUCUAGGCAAGAUCCGAUGUCUCAUAGGAUCAUCGAGAAGCGGAGAAGAGAUCGAAUGAACAAUUGCCUGGCCGAUCUUAGCAGACUGAUACCGGCCGAGUACUUGAAGAAAGGUCGAGGUAGAGUGGAGAAGACCGAGAUCAUUGAAAUGGCUAUUCGUCAUAUGAAGCAUCUUCAAAGCCUCCGGCAAGAAUCGAAACACCCGGUGGUGACGUCGGUGCAUACGCAUCCCGAAGACAGCGUGGACAGCGUUUCGCACUCAACCGUCGCGUCCACCGCAGCCGAACAUUACAGGCUGGGUUUCCAAGAGUGCUUGAGCGAGACUAUGCACUUCCUCGUAGAAGUGGAGGGCUUCUUCGCGAGGGACUCUCUCUGCGUUCAGCUAAUUAACCAUCUGCAACAACACUGCGAGAAGAUCUUAGCUACUAGCGAUAGGCUAGGCUUCCCUCAUCCCGAGAUGCCAGCAACGAACGGCGUCAUGAACGGCACGGGAUACGCUCAUGCCAGCAUUCCCACGAUGUGUCAGCCGAACGGUCAUUCGGACCACGGGUCCAGCUCAGGCGUGAGUUCUUUCGGUGAUCCGGAGCGUCCCUUGCGCCCGACGAUCAUCCCACCGCCAGCGAUCGUCAGCGACGACAGCAAUCACAGCACCCACUCGCACAGCGCACCCUCGGUCACCAGCUGCAAGCCUUCCAACUACAAGUUCAAGAGUUCCAUCAAGCAGAGGUUCUCCGCCGAGAGGAUAAAGUCCAGUCCGCCGCCAGCGACCAGUACGGAGAAACCGUCCUCCUCCCACGGGGUGCCGAUCUUCGCUCUGCACGACGGCGGCGCAUUUUACGUACCAUUAACUAUCGAAGCGUCCAUGCUAAGGCCCCAUCUGAACUUCGUUUCGGACACCGGCCCGGACAUGGUCCUCCAUCCAGUCACGAUAUCGGUGAACUUCAACAACCACUCGAGCCCACCGACGUGGUCGCACCAUCAUAGUCCCACGCACCAGCAACAGACAUAAACGAGAAGUCUCGGAGCCGUACGUCACUGUCUGACUAUGUACGACGCCGUGUCCCGUUCGUUCCGAUGCAUGUAUAUAUGUACAUACGCAAGUGUCGGACCUGCGUAUGAUAAAUUCAGAGAUGCCAAUAAUGGUGUUACGUAUGCACGCCGUCCGUUGGGCUGACGAGGACGAGCGACGGUGCAAUCAAACUUCGUAAGGUCGGAUCGAACGAUCCGACACGAGAGAUUUUCUGGGACUUGGAAAUUUCCCUCCCCAUGGUGGAAAAAAUCGUCGCGUCUGUUCGUCGCAUGGUGAACGGAAUAUCGUUUUCUUUCUGGUUCUUUAGCUGUUAAUGUUCGAAGAACGCGCGUGUAGCCUUCCGCGAAGAGCGACGAGGUAUCGAGGACGGUUUUCUUUCUUUCUUUUGUAUAUUUACCGAGGCUGUGGGUUGUCUUAGCAUUUACAUGAUUCGAGAGGGAGAGAACGAUGAUAGUGGAGUAGAGAUAGAGUAUUAGGGCGCGAAGCCCCGGGUUGGUUUAGCUUCGGUGUGUCUUUUCUUUCGUCGAUAUCGUCACAGUCGAAUCCCGUUCCUUCUUUACCCUCCCCUUACCCCGUUUCUUUCUUAUACAAACCUUUAUUCCGUUGUACAUUCUCUUAUCUCGAUCAUUAAUUUUGUUUUGUGCUUCAUUCGAUUCUCAUUCUUCGGCUGGACAAUUGUGUAGUGAAGUGGACAAAAAAAAAAAAAAAUGGUGCGAGAAAUGUUAGCUUAAUUAGUAUUAAAUAAAAAUUUCGUUGACACGCAUCUGCGCUCGCGAAGCAACCGAUGCAUGCAUGUCUGUGUGAACUUUGGGCGGAACUCGCAGCAUGAAUUGGCCCGCUACAGGUUUCGAACGAUCGAUAGAAUUGUUUUCGAAGCGUAAGGUAGUCGACAGAAGUGCCUACAAAAUAUGUAUCUUGUUUUAGAAAUUCCACUCGCAUGUGAUUGUAUUCACGUAUGUACGAAGAAUGUGGUUUAUUUUUCUUUUUGGCGGAUAAUUUUCUGUGUCACGUGUUCGAUCGCGAACGAGAGAUCGGAGUCGCUGCUCGACGCCCUGACAAACAACGGGCCUCGGCAAUUAAAGACUGACCAAGACCUGCAUUACACUAAAUUCUUGUAAGAUCAUUGCAUUAAAUAUAUAUUUGUACAUACCACGUUUAGCUGUAACGUAAACAAAGAAUUUAUGCGGAAUAAAUUAUAUUUACCAUA